AUGCCUGAAUACCGCCACGCAAGAAGUGGUAGCCUCAGCGUUGCCAACGGCGGCUCGCAGGCAAACACUCCUCUGUCUUCCGCUGCAGCUCCCCGCUUCGACGGUCCUCGAAGCCCUCCGAACACCUCUCACGUUCCUUGCAAGUUCUUCCGUCAAGGUGCUUGUCAAGCCGGAAAUGCCUGUCCUUUCAGUCACGAUUUGAGCAAUGCUGCCGAGAACGUCUGCAAAUACUUUGCAAAGGGAAACUGCAAAUUCGGUCCCAAAUGUGCAAACAUCCAUAUUCUUCCCGAUGGCCGACGAAUCAACUACGGAAAGAAUGGCGUCACAAUAGGCAAUACUUCCACCCUCGCCGGUCGCUCCAACCCCACCUCCGCAAGCAACAAUCAAUCCUCCACCAGCGCCCUCACCACUUCGCUCUACCGCGCUGACGUCCCCUCGUACACUGGCGCGUAUCCUUACGACGAACAAGAGCCACAUAGUCUGGGUCGCCAGCCGAGCCUCGAGAAUGGCCUCCCUACUAUCGACAUGUCCUAUACCGGGUCCAACUACGGUUCUCCCCGAGACGAAGAAUCCUUGCGCUUUGGCAUGGGACUCUCUCCUAUUAACAACAAAGGUCUCUCUGUUCUAGACGCUCCUCUCCCCGCCUCGUUCGAUUCCAAUGGCAUCUCAAAUGCCGCCCGCUUCCCUGGUGGUCCAUGGCCCUCAUCUGUGCCCAACCAAUUCGGCAUUGAAUCGCCUACUCCUUCGCUCAGCAACGCCAAGGAUUCGCGCACUUCUGAGACUCUCAAACUGUUACAUACCUCAGCUUUCGGUUCGUCGGAUCACCUCCUGGCCCCUCUGGAUAGAAGCCCACCUAACUCUCAUCAAGCCAACGGGGAAGAAUACUUUGGUAGGCGAGCUAUGCACUCGUCCCGCUACACCAAGCCCCGUAUGCUCAGUUCCAGCAUGCCUAAAACGUCUGUUGAUCGAGACUGGGAGCCUGGUUUUGCCUUUGGCGACGACGACGAUAACCUUCCUGAGAACUAUGUUCCCGAAAAUCUGCAGGACCUCCUUACGCCCGUUGAAAAGGCCCGACGUGGUUCCAUGCGCGCUGACGGAGAUGGCGACAGCCUGAGCAAGUAUGGCAGUCCCAUCGGAACUAGCCCCAGCCGAUGGGGCCCCAUGUUCCAGCGACAGAAAGAGGAGGAGGAAACCUCUCGAUCGCUCCGAGGCGCCUCUGCUUUCGGCCAUGUGGGCAGCCCACUCCGAAACUCUGUUCUGUCGCAAGAAAUGGGAGGCACCAACGGUUUCAACCGUCCAUCUUCUUUACGAUCAGGCAGCGAUAGCAUGUCUAUGCUUUCUCAGCAGCUUCAGCGAAGCCAUCUUGACGAACCUACCAACAACUCCAGCCCUCUUCUUCACCCCGCAACCGCCCGGGCUGGUAACACCGCUAGCGCUAUUAGCCCCAUUAGCCCGAUCGGCAGGGAACGUGAGCGUAUUGAGCGUCAUGUGUCUAGCGGCAGCAUCAGCUCAUCGAUGAACGGCCGCUUCACCACCCCCAUCAACGAGGACGACGAGAUGUUCCACAUGGAGGGCAUGGAGGAAGACGGCGACUCAUCAGUCAAGUCUCCCAAGAGACAAACAGCCGGUCUCGCCAACAUGAACGUCUGGAGCAGCUACGCUUCUGUCGCUGGCAAGUCCUCCACCAAUGGAAACAAGGGCGUUCCUGUCAGCGGCCGAUAA